CUGAUCAACCACCAAAGGUGGAUUUGAGGUGUCCUGCUUCAGCUGCUCUGCCUACGUCCCUCUCACAUGCAGUAUAUGGAAUGCUCUUCUCGCUGGCAGAGAUGCGCCAACCUCUCCUCCUGGUACUCGCCCUGCUUGUACCCUCCUCUGGGCUCACCCAUGGGCCCCCUGUGUCAUGGGACACAACCGAGAUGUUCCUGAAAACGUUGCAUCCUGAAGAUUUAGUUUUGUAUUUUGGCACGGAACACGUUCCAGAAUCCGACGUAGAUCUGGCUAAUCUGACGUGCACCAGCAGUGAAGACCGUGAGGGUUUAUCCCCGUCCUCCUCUGUACAUCAUUGCAUCCUGCAGGGAACUGUGCACAGAUACAUCUUUAGGCUCCAGGAGGGAGAGAGGCCCGUUAUCACUGAGCGGGUUAUCAAUGUCUCUCUACACCAUCUGAGGCGAUUCCCGAAGGCCUGUGGGUCAGUGGGCGCCAUUCUGCAUCCUGGAGGAGGAACAUCGGUGGUCACUUAUUGUGAAGGGGAACUGCGUGGCUUUAUCACCGUGGACGGGGAGCAGUUUUCUGUUCAGCCCGUUAAGAAAAGGCAUUUACUAACGACUCAGAAAGACGUCCCAUGGAGCCUUCAUAUCAUCUCCCGAGCAGGAAAGGCGCCCACAGAAUCCACAGCCCCAGUCAUUGUUCCCGGUGUCCAUCGACUGGAGAAGCGAGCAGCUGUCAACGUGAAGCACUUGGAGCUUCUAGUGGUCGUGGGUCAUGAUGUCUACCAGUUCCACCAAGAAGACACGGAGAGAUACAUUCUAACCAACCUGAAUAUCGGGGCAGAAUUACUGAGAGAUGUCUCCCUCGGAACCACAUUCCGCGUUCACCUGGUGAAGAUGAUCAUUCUGAUGGAGCCUGAGGAGGGAAUCCAGAUCAGUGCCAACCUCACGUCCUCCCUCAUGAGUGUGUGCGAGUGGAGCAAGAACCUGAAUGGCGACAGCGACCCCCAACACGCUGACCUUACCCUAUACAUCACCAGGUUCGACCUGGAGUUACCAGACGGAAACAAGCAGGUCCGAGGGGUCACCCAGCUAGGAGGCGCCUGUUCUUCCUCCUGGAGCUGCCUCAUCACCGAAGACACCGGCUUUGACCUGGGCAUCACUAUGGCACAUGAGAUUGGACACAGUUUUGGAAUAAAUCACGACGGGGAGGGGAACAGCUGCAGUGGAAGUAAUAGAAUAAUGGCGACUGAAGGGAGCCACAACAGCGUCCACCUCAGCUGGUCGCGGUGUAGCAGAGAGCAGUUCCUCCAGCAUCUCAGCAGUAACCAGGCAAGCUGCAUUGAUGACCUGCCAGCACUAGAGGGCAGCAUCCCCGACAUGAAACCUGGCUUGUACUAUGGAGCAGAUGAACAAUGUCAGAUUGCCUUUGGAAGUCCAGCCCUGGCCUGCACAUUCUCCAGGAAUGACCUGGAUACCUGUAGCGUUCUCUCCUGCCACACCAGCCAGCAAGACCGGACCACCUGCAGCCGCCUACUCGUCCCACUUCUGGACGGCACUGAGUGCGGGGAGAACAAGUGGUGUCACAAGGGCCGCUGCAGAUCUCUCGAGGAGCUGAGUCCACUGUCAGCGGUGCACGGAGUCUGGUCCAGUUGGAGUAGCUUCACUGCGUGUUCCCGGACCUGCGGAGGAGGGGUCAUCGUCCGGAAACGCCAGUGCAACAACCCAAGACCAGCAUUCGGCGGUCGCAGCUGCGAGGGAUCCGGCCUCCAGGCGCAAAUGUGUAAUAUGCAGGCCUGUGAGACGACGCAGCUGGACUUCAUGUCGCGACAGUGUUCCGCCACGGACGACAACCCUCUCUUCUUCUCCCAUGGCGAGAGCGCCUUCUUCCACUGGACGGCGGCUGCGGGAUUUGCACAGGGAGACACGCUCUGCCAGUAUAUGUGCCGUGCCCAAGGGAUGAAUUUCAUGGUGAAACGAGGGGACAGCUUUAUAGAUGGCACCCGGUGUGAUCAGAGUGCGGAGACAGAUGCUCCAUACAAGCUGUGUGUAGCCGGGAGAUGUAAGGUCUUUGGCUGUGACGGAGUGAUGGAUUCCGGCCUAGCGGCAGAUCAAUGCAGAGUGUGUGGUGGAGAUAACGGCACAUGCAGCAGAGUCAGUGGUGCUUUCACUGACGGAACGACAGGGGAAUAUUUCACCUUUCUGACCGUUCCUGUGGGCUCCAUGGCAAUAACAGUGACCAAUCAGAAGCCUCUCUUCACACAUUUGGCUGUAAGAGAGAACUCUGAGUACAUUGUAGCCGGAAAGCUGAGCAUCUCUCUGAACGUCACCCACCCAUCAGUCCUGGAGGACAGGCGGACGGAGUAUAGAGUGUUCCUAACUCCAGACAGGCUUCCCCAUCUGGAACACAUCUUCAUUAAUGGUCCAACCACUUCAGACAUGGAGAUACAGGUUUACAGAAAAUACGGGGCAGGAUACGGUGACAUCACGAAUCCAGACAUCACAUACAGUUAUUACGUUCCCAAAAAGGACCAUAUGUAUGUGUGGGCGCCAGUGCCAGGACUUUGCUCGGUCACCUGCGGCGGAGGUUUUCGGACGGUGGCCCACGAGUGCUCUGACGAUACUCUUCAACAGCUGGUGGAUUCCAAGUUUUGUAAUGACUCUGACUUCCUCAGUCCCAUCCAGGAACGGUGUGGAGAGGCCACCUGCCCUCCGAGGUGGGGCGUGAAGGAGUCCUCCCCGUGUACAGUCUCCUGCGGAGGGGGAGUCAUGCUGAGGACCGUGCAGUGUAUACAAACCCAACACGACCUAGAGACCGUCCUGCCUGACUGGCACUGCGCCCUUUCUCCAAGGCCAGAAGCCUUUACUAGCUGUAAUCCGGAACCCUGUCCUGCCAGAUGGCAGGUGGCAGAGCCUGGUGGGUGCUCAGCAGUUUGCGGCUCAGGCCUGGCAAUGCGGGACGUCUCCUGCAUGAAGUUUCAGUCGGGCUCGGAGGCCAUCGUGGACGACUCUAAAUGCUUAGGGCAAGAGAAGCCGCCUGCCGCGGUCUCCUGUAUGGUCAGCGUGUGUCCGAUGGGCUGGGACAGACAGGUAAUAUCCUCCGCCAAUAAAGACUUCCCGCACAUCAGCGCCCACUACUGGAACAGAACCGCUGUUUACGUCUGGAGCCCGAUCCUGGGCGAAUGUUCCGUCACUUGCGGCACUGGUACUUUGGAGCUCAGCUACAUCUGUGUUGACUUUUAUGCCAAGGAAGAAUCUCUGGAGGAGAAUUGCAACGGAACACUGAAGCCGCAGAGCAGACACAAUGCGUGUAGCCCCAGGAGCUGCCCCCCGAUAUGGGAGGUGAGUGAGCUGUCGCCAUGUCCUGUGACGUGUGGCGGAGGAGAGGUCCCUCUGUCAGUGGCGUGUGUGAGGAGAGAUAACGAUGGGACACAGCAUUUACAUCACUCCCAUUGCAGCCAAAUGCCUCGUCCAAGCGCCACAAAAGAGUGCGCCACACAGCCCUGUCCAGUCCGGUGGCGCUAUAAGACCGGAUCUUGCAGCGUGAGCUGCGGUGGGGGCAUUUUAAUGAGGGUCCUGUACUGCGCCAGGGCUCCCGCACAAGGCGACAUUGAGGAGCAAAUUGUUGCAGAUGGUGAAUGUCAGCACCUGCCUCAUCCCCAGGAACAGGAACCCUGCAACCAGCAGCCAUGCCCCCCGAGGUGGCGAGUUGUGGAAAGCAGCCAGUGCUCUGAAGCUUGCGGGUACGGCGUGUCUAAACAGAAGGUCUCAUGUGUGCAGACCGUGGACGGCGUACAGAGAGACGUGGAUGAAGCAUCGUGUCCGUCUCAUGAGAGACCCCUGCCUGCCGUUCCCUGCUUUAUCACCAGCUGCUUCUACACAUGGGAAGUAGGGGCCUGGAUGCAGUGCUCGGCCACCUGUGGUAAUGGGAUUCAAAGUCGUGAGCAAUUCUGUUUCAACACAAAGAGCCAUCUGCAAGUCAGUCCCGCAUUCUGUCGACACACCCCAAAACCUAUCACCCUGCGUGGCUGCUCAGAGACACCCUGCCACAAGGACGCACAGCCAGACGUAUCGCACAGAUCACUGGUGACAACCCAAACACCAAGUGACCCCAGGCUGAGACCACAUCAUACAGAUGCUGCCGUCCCCUCUGUCUAUGUCCCACCAAGUGACAGACCAGAACAGCCUGUGGUGGAGGAGGAUGGAGGAGGGAAUGGGGUCUGUGGACAUCAGUUCCUGAACUCAUCCGGAGUUGUAAAUGCUACUGGUCUCCUUGAAAAGGACUGUGUGUUCUCCAUUGGGCGCCCUCUUGGCGAGGUGAUUGUCGUCAAAGUUCUGACUAGUUCCCUCAACUGCACGGCUGGAGAGUUUGUGGAGUUCUAUAACAAAGAAAUGUGGAGGAAAGGGUGCAAGCGGCUUUCAGUAGUGACGGUACUUGCAAGGUCAAACACCCUGAAAGUGAGGCAGCGCCAGGUGCAUGCUGGUAACGGUAUUGCGCUGGAGUACUUCAGCAGACUAGAUACAAAGAGCAACCAGCAAGACUGUGAUGUCCAGCUCUUUGGGAUGAAAGGAGACAUACAGAACCCGGUACAGUCCAAGCCAUGGUCUCACGCGUGCCGUACCUUUAUCGAUGUGCCCCCUAAGUAUACCAUUGCGAUCUAUGCCUUUUAUAUGGAUCUGGAAACAGGAGCCAACAAAACCCACCCAAACUUCAUCCUGAUCCGUGAUAUGAAAACGCUGAAAUCUUCCGCCUUCCACGGAAAUAACUUGUUCUACUGGGAGUCCACGGGGAGUCAGGCAGAGAUAGACUUCAACAGUGAUUUCUCGCAAGAAAGAGUCAGCUUCCGGGCUCAGUACUGGGCCAAAAAGCCGCGAGGCUGAAGGGGGGGUUCAGGACUUAGGGGACUAAGGGGGUCAUUCCGAGUUGAUCACCCGCUGACGAUUUUCGCAGCGCAGCGAUCAGGUGAAAAAAUGGCGUUUCUGCACAUGCGUAUGCCCCGCAAUGCGCACCCACGACGUACAGGUACAAAGCUCUGGUAGUGCUCAGGUUCUAGCGAAGUUUUCCUUCGCACUGGCGGCCGCAAGAAGAUUGACAGUUUCUGGGUGUCAACUGACCGUUUUCAGGGAGUGUUUGCAAAAACGCAGGCGUAUCUGAAUAAACGCAGGCGUAGCUGGGCGUUCGCUGGGAGGGUGUAUGACGUCAAAUCCGGACACGAAUAGUCUGAAGUGAUCGCAAGCGCUGAGUAGGGUCAGAGCUACUCAGAAACUGCACAAACUGUUUUUGCAGAGCUCGGCUGCACAGGCGUUCGCACUUCUGCUAAGCUAAAAUACACUCCCCAGUGGGCGGCGGCAUAGCGUUUGCACGACUGCUAAAACUAGCUAGCGAGUGAUCAACUCGGAAUGAUCCCCAGAAUCCUGACACACUGUGUACAGCACUGCCUGCUGAUGUGUUUUUUUAUUUUAACAUUUAGAAUGUGGCAUUACACUGGUGGAUGUUCUGUGGCAACUGGGAGUCCAUUUUAGUAACUAUCAUAAUUUAAUUGUACCAGUCAGUGACCAAUUACAUUCCUAUAAAGAGACUUUAUUAUCACAUCA